AACAAAACUUUUUUUUUUUCACCUGCUAUAAAUAUGCCUCCAUCAACUUCGUUGGUCCAAAUAUCCUUCACAAAAUCUCUCCCUUGAACCAAUUUGAAGUUCUAAAUAGCAAUGGAAUGGUCUCCUCAAGAUGCCUUGAAAGCUUACUUACACACUCUUCAUCUGUGUAAGGUUGACAAAGAUGAAGACUUGAGCCUUGGAAAUCACACAACCGCUACCAGUAUUAUCAUAGAGCCAAAAUGCAUGGAAUUUAUAUCAGCUUUGGCAGCUGGAAAGCGAGCAAGAUUAAUCCUGCAAAUCACCUCUCAAGGCAUAACGCCAAUGACAGUUUCACUGGCUGUGGCUGCAAAGCAAAUCGGAGGCCGACUAAUUGUGUGGAUUAACAGUCAGGAUGUGGAUCGUGUGCAGGAAAGUAGCAAAACCCUGUUUGUGGAAAAUGGUCUUGACGAGGUCAUUGAAUAUGUUUAUGGCACUGAUCCUUGUAUGCUGGUGAAGCAGUUGAAGAACAUAGAUUUUGCGGUUGUUGACUUCAAGUUAAAAGAUCACUUGAAAUUGUUGAAGAUUAUGAACUUUAAUCCAAAUGGGUGCAUAGUUGUAGGAACCAACGUUGAUGACCCUAAGACUAAGAGGGAUUUUGGAGGUCCAGUGAUUCUUGAUCGAGUUUUUAAGGAGAAGAAAGGGUUUCGUUAUGUGACUCUACCUUUAGGAGAAGGAAUAGAGAUGACAAGAUUUAGAGCCGUUGGCAAUGGUGGCAAGUGCCAUUGCCAGAGCAAGAGAUAUAAAAGAUUUCAUGUAACAUUUGAAAAUUGAA